AUGCUUAAUUCAAGCUUCUCACACCGUAGAGCUCUAGUCGAGGAGGACCCAAAGCCCAAAGAUGCUCGAGCUGUCACACCACCCAAAUUUCAACAUGAGGCCCUGACCAGGAAGGCUGCGGGAACUACUCGACAAUCACGCUCAAGCUGGCCGAGUUUCCAAUGGUGGCUCAUGGCUAUUCCGUCAUUCAUUAUUUCAGCUUACGGCGCUGCAUUCUUCACCGGAAAUACCCCAGGCGAUUCACGAAUCAAGGCGAGAAUCAUAGGUUCACUCGGAGGCGUCAUACACAUUGGGGGUUCUCUGGUGGCCAUGGGACUCGGCCCUUUUCAGUUCCUCCCACAGCUACGACAGAGAUAUAUCCAAAUUCAUCGCUGCGAGGCGUUGACAUGGGGCAAGGUUGGCUUUGGCCUUCUCGCCUUGGGAUGGCUGGAGAGCGCUAGACGUAGCAUCGUUGCCAUCCGAUCGAAUGGAGAUGUCAAGAGCCACCAAGCUUGGAUGACGAGGAACUUUGCUCUGACCUAUGCCGCAGUGAUGCUGCGGUGGCAGUUGCCUCUGAUGAUCGCCGCGGGUAUGGAAGUUAAGUUUGCGCUGUCCAUCACUGGAUACAUCUCUUGGAUACCGAAUCUUUGGUUUGUCGAACGUUUUGUAUUAAACAGGAGCUGA